AAAUCUGGGAAAACUAAUGAGUUUGGAAAAAGUUGAGCUUUUUUUAAAGCCUCGGCCAAAUGAAAUUGACAAUGUAUUUGAAGCUCUUUGUAGUAUAUGCUGGGCAAGAGUUCUUAGUAUAAGCGAGGACACCGUUAAGGCCCUUUUCAAGGAAGGUUCCAUGGCAGCACCAAUAUUAGAUAAUAUUUGUAACUUGAGGAUACAUUGUACGACCUUGGAAGAUGACCUUGUUCCGGCAGUUGUCUCUCUUCUUAGAGGAAUGCCUAAUUUGAAUAGUUUGUCCAUAAGGACUGUGAAAGGGCCUUGGAAUCCCGAACCAUCAAGUGGCUUUGGUACGGAAUAUUGGAAACUGCAAAACCUUGCUUUCCUUCAUCAGCUUCAAGAAGUAACCGUACAGUAUUCCGGCCACGGGUCUAAUGAAAUCGAGUUUUCAACGUAUAUCCUGGAGAAUGCUCAAAAUUUGAAGAAAAUUGCCAUUUUUCUUGGCAGCAAAGAUGAGCAAUCAAAAGCUGCAGCAGGGAUGGUGAGUAGGAACAAGAUGAUUUCUACUGCCACAAUUAUCAUUCGGAGGAGGGAAUAAUCUUUGAUAUUUUUACAAGACUUUAUGUGUACCUUGAAAGGAUAUUUCUGUAUAUUUAUGAGAUAAUAUCUCCUUGCAAUUUA